AUGGCUGGCAUAGUCAGACGAAGUCCCGAAGCUCAGCUUACAGCUGCGAUUCUGAGUGCGGGCAGAGGCAGCCAGUGGCAGCGUGUCUUGAAGCUGCUCGCUGGCAGUGUCACAUCGGCCGCCGAGUCGGCUCCAGUCCCGGAUUUGAUUUGCUUCGGUGCAGCACUUUCGACAAUCGGCAAGGCAGAAGCAUGGGAGGCGACUGUGCUCAUAUUGGGAAUGAUGAAAGAUGCGGGCGUGGAGUGCGACACGCAGGGUCUGAAUGCGGCACUGAACGCCUGCAGCAAGAGCACUGCAUGGGAGGCGGCACUCGGCGUGAGGUGGCAUUUUGGAAGUCUGGCCAGCACAAUGAGCGACGGAAUGGUGAUGAAUGCUCUCGCCAAGGCCGCUCAAUGGACUAUGGCACUGGCCCUGCUAUGGGAGUCAGGGUUACAGGCAAAUACAAUCAUAUUUAGCUCUGCUGUCAGUGCGUUCGCGGCUGAUGGCAGAUGGAGACUGGCCAUGGCCACACUCGAAACCAUGAGGGAGCAGUUUCUAGAGCCGAACGACAUCACAAUGAAUGCCGCGAUCUUUGCUUGUGCCACGGCGCGCCGUUGGGAGGAAGCGCUGUGCCUUCUUGCGGACACGUCUAGACUCAGGAUGGCGACAAGUGUUUCCUACAGUUCUGCAAUCAGUGCUUGUGAGCAUGCAGGGAGAUGGGACGUCGCAUUGGCAUUGCUGCAACAACUUGGCGUUGCACAUCUGCGGGCCAAUGCUAUUUGCUUUGGAGCUGCAGUCAGCUCCUGCGUUCGGCGUGGCAGCUGGCAUGCCGGACUGGCCCUGCUGGACUCAAUGUCAUGUGACAAUGCCAUCGCCGACACCACCAGUAUCAGCUCGGCCAUCAGUGCAUGCGAAAAUGCUGGUGAGUGGGCUGCAGCAUGGCGCUUGUUGGCGCAGAUGACAGCGAAUGGCUCCAGGAGGGACACGAUCGCCUACAAUGCAGCCGUCAACUCUUGUGAAGCGAGCUUACAAUGGACUAGAUCGGUUGAGCUCUAUGCCAGUAUGGGCGGCGACAGUGUUCGACCGUCGUCUUCAACCUUCAACGCAUUGCUCAACGGAUUUCAUGCAUCGCACAGGAGGAGCUCAAGUCUGGGAAACCCAAGCUGGGCACAGGCAGUGGCGGUUCUCCACAAGAUGUCUGGGACAAGGCUGUGGCUGAACGGAGUCCAUGCUGGCCUUUGCAUCGACAUUGCAUUGAAGGAAGUCAACGUGGCGACUGCGCACGGGCUUGGCCAGAAGUUCCUGCAACAGUGGGUCCAACAGGCGGAGCUUCCUGCUGCCUCGGUAUCCCUUCCGCAUCGUGACGAUGUUCUCCUCUCGGCUCCAGGAAUCGUGGCUGUUGCCAAGCCGCCGGGAAUCGCAAGCCAAGAUAUGCUGGCCGAGUUGCAGAAAGCCAGCAAGCAGAAGUUGACUACUGUGUCUCGGUUGGACCUUCCAACAUCGGGCGUGCUGGUCGCAGCAGUCGGGGACGAAGACUCCCCCGCCGCGAAAUGGCUGCAGGCCCAAUUUUCUGGUCGGUUGGUCUCAAAAGAGUAUCUAUGUUUGUGCCAUGCGAAGCCCCCAGCUCCGGAGUUCGAAGUGUCCACUCCACUCCGAGUGGUGACGAUGGGACCAAUGGACGACGAGAAGACGCGAGUUUUUGUGGACCGAAAGGGGCGAGAAGCAUACACGCGCUGCCAAGCCCUGGCAGUACAGGAAGUAUGUUCGCCAGCUGGCAGACUGCACUUGAGUUUGCUUCGGGUCUUCCCACGCACAGGCAGAACGCACCAAAUACGAGCCCACUUGGCCAGCAUUGGCCUUCCGCUUUUCGGUGACACCAUCUAUGGCAAGUUCGUCACACAGGACAUGGCUCAUUUGGUGCCCGGCCUCCGAGACUACGCUGACAGACUGUUCCUGCAUUGCCGGCGGCAAUCUCUUCUGGGUUUGGAUGGACAGCAGCUGGAAUUAGAGGCGCCCUUGCCUGAGGACUUGAAAGCGAUCCUUGCGAUCCUAGGCCCUGCAAUCGAUUGGAGGGCGCUGAUGCGAGAAGGAGAAGCCACCGGAAAAAGCAAAGAGCCCUUCGUUCGCUUCACGUUGUCACGUUGCGUUGCGUCCGCCGCUUUGACGUUUGCUCUGCGCUUCCCGCCAGCGACGGGAGGAAACUGCUCCCAGUCGCGCAGGUGCUGCAACUCACUUGUCCCGAUGAAGUAUUAUCCCAUCGAGGAGAGGCCAGAGGAAAGUGCCACGGGAGUUGAUAUCCACGAUGAUGAUAGGGCCCGGCUUGAGGAGGGAGCAGCUAUUGCUGCAGCCAGGCAAGAAGAGCUGAGCGCUCAAGGGGUCGUCAUGGCCGUACCCCCUCCUCCUAUCGGAGAGUUCACGGGUUUUUCCUAUCCGGCGGCCUCGUUUGCUUCAGGUCAAAAUGCCAUAGUCACCAGAUCCAGCGGAGAGGAAUCCGGUUGCUACAUCUUGGAGGUUUUCCUCACCGCCCUUGGGCCUUUGUACACCGUGUAUUUAGGCCAGGCAGAAGAUGGAAGUUAUAUCACCAAGAAUUGUGAGGAGGCGGAUCUGCGGCCGUGCCUCGGCCACACUUCGAGACACGACUGCUCGUUGUCGUGCUCGCACAAUGAGGUACCCAGUGUCCUGAUGCUGUUAUCUCAUCUUUGGCUGGUGAUCGUACGCUCUGCAAAACAUGUUUGGCAUAAAACUGCCAAAGGCACAGUCUGCGUAUCACCUGAUCAGUCACCUGAUCAUGAACCGGGGAGGCUAAAGAGCGCCCGCCACAAACCAGGGAAAAAGAAUGUCUCUUUGCUGAGCCGACUACCUUGCAAUGACCAAAACCUUUUUCAACUAUGUAAUGGUACUCCCUGA